UCCAGUACCCACCUGGCUCCCACCACUUCGCGCACCAGUAGUAGAGCAGAGACCAUCCCGGGGCGUCCCUCCGCAGUCGGACACGCCCCCGAGACGCCAUUGGCUGGUCCGGGAAGGGGCGGGGCCUAGGAAGAGCACUUGCUAGUCUGAGCUGCUACCGAGGUGCUUCUGCGGACACUCACCCGUCAGCGCAGUGAAAGCCCACGUUGCUCUGAAGGACCUACGGGCGCAGCGAUCACCUGCCGAGUGCGUGGUGCCCAGUCACUGCAGAGUUGCCCGCGACAGGUGCGAACUCAGGGAGCCACUGCACUGUCUGCUCCUCCAGUCCGGGCGUCGCGCCUGAGCCCUGCCAGCUACCAGUGGAUGCACGCCCGCUGAAAGUCCGAGAUGGCUGUGCGCCCCGGGCCACUCUGGCUAUUGGGACUUGCUCUGUGCGCUCUGGGAGGUGGCCACGGUCCGCGUCCCCCGCACACCUGUCCCCAGCGUCGCCUGGGAGCGCGGGAGCGCCGCGACAUGCAGCGUGAAAUCCUAGCGGUGCUCGGGCUGCCCGGGCGGCCCCGACCCCGUGCACCACCCGCCGCUGCCCGGCAGCCAGCGUCCGCGCCCCUCUUCAUGUUGGACCUAUAUCACGCCAUGACCGAUGACGAUGACGGCGGGCCGCCACAGGCUUACUUGGGCCGUGCCGACCUGGUCAUGAGCUUCGUCAACAUGGUGGAGCGAGACCGUACCCUGGGCUCCCAGGAGCCUCACUGGAAGGAAUUCCACUUUGACCUGACCCAGAUCCCGGCCGGGGAGGCUGUCACCGCUGCCGAGUUCCGGAUAUACAAAGAGCCCAGCAUCCACCCGCUCAACAAGACCCUCCACAUCAGCAUGUUUGAAGUGGUCCAGGAGCACUCCAACAGGGAGUCUGACUUGUUCUUUUUGGAUCUUCAGACGCUCCGAUCUGAGGAUGAGGGCUGGCUGGUGCUGGACAUCACAGCAGCCAGUGACCGAUGGCUGCCGAACCAUCACAGGGACCUGGGACUCCGCCUCUAUGUGGAAACAGCAGAUGGGCACAGCAUGGAUCCUGGCCUGGCUGGUCUGCUUGGACGACAAGCACCUCACUCCAGACAGCCUUUCAUGGUCACCUUCUUCAGGGCCAGCCAGAGUCCUGUGCGGGCCCCUCGGGCAGCGAGACCACUGAAGAGGAGGCAGCCAAAGAAAACGAACGAGCUUCCACACCCCAACAAACUCCCAGGGAUCUUUGAUGAUGGCCACGGCUCCCGCGGCAGAGAGGUUUGCCGCAGGCAUGAGCUCUACGUCAGCUUCCGUGACCUCGGCUGGCUGGACUGGGUCAUUGCACCCCAGGGCUACUCUGCCUAUUACUGUGAGGGGGAGUGCGCUUUUCCACUGGACUCCUGUAUGAAUGCCACCAACCACGCCAUCUUGCAGUCUCUGGUGCACCUGAUGAAGCCAGAUGUUGUCCCCAAGGCGUGCUGUGCACCCACCAAACUGAGCGCCACCUCUGUGCUCUACUAUGACAGCAGCAACAACGUCAUCCUGCGGAAGCACCGCAACAUGGUGGUCAAGGCCUGUGGCUGCCACUGAGGCCCUGCCCAGCAUCCUGCUUCUACUGCCUUACCAUCUGGUCAGGCUCCUCCCCAGAGGCAGGAAACCCUCCUAUGUUAUCACAGCACAGACAGGGGCAAUGGGAGGCCCUUGCUUCCCCUGGCCAUUUCCUGCUAAAAUUUUGGUCCUUUCCCCGCUCCUCUGUCCUCUCCGUGGGGUUUGUGGGCAAUCGCCCUCCCCUCUCUAUCCCCCUACCCCAAGCAUAGACUGAAUGCACACAGCAUCCCAGAGCUAUACAGACUGAGAGCUCUGGGGUCAGCACUGAAGGCCCACAUGAGGAAGACUGGCCCUUGGCAAACUCUGGAUGGUCUAAGAAGGCCCUAGAAUUUGAAACUGGCUGGUCAUUAUGGUGGCUGGGACAUUUUUAGGUAUAACGGACACACACACUUAGAUCAGUGCAUUGUAGCUGGGCAGUAGUGGCGCAUGCCUGUAAUCCCAGCACUUGGGAGGCAGAGGCAGGCAGAUUUCUGAGUUCAAGGCCAGCCUGGUCUACAGAAUGAGUUCCAGGACAGCCAGGGCUACACAGAGAAACCCUGUCUCUA